CUGCAGGUGUGUCUGGCUUGAUAAUUAAUAUUUACUGACAAAAAUCAGGUCAAGUAGCUGGGCACAGAGAAGACCAUAAGAAUUCCAAGUCUGCGUCUGUCACUCGCUGCUUUAGACAAACCAUUUGGAGCUCAGUAACUCAACCAUGUCCUUGUGUUCCUAGAGUGUCAAGGGAUAAAAUCAACAGUGAGAAACACCAUGGAAACCACUUCUAGGGAGACACAGACGCCAACUGGCCCCUGGGACAGGACAAUCGGAGAUGUGAUAUUACCAGCAGGGACCGAAUCAGGUUUGGCCCUGAGGCUGGUGAACGGAGGUGACCGGUGUCAGGGCCGGGUGGAGGUCCUGUACCGAGGCUCGUGGGGCACCGUGUGCGAUGACUACUGGGACACCAACAAUGCCAACGUGGUGUGCCGGCAGCUGGGCUGUGGCUGGGCCACGUCGGCCCCGGGAAGUGCCAACUUCGGUCAGGGCUCGGGGCCGAUUGUCCUGGACGACGUGCGCUGCUCAGGCCAGGAGUCCUACCUGUGGAGCUGCGCCCACAACGGCUGGAACAAUCACAACUGUGGUCACCACGAGGAUGCUGGUGUUGUCUGCUCAGGCUGUGAACUCCCUGAGGGCAAGGCCUGUAUCCAGUGUCCCGCU